UUCCACUCUCGCAUCGCCUCUUAUCUUCUCAAGAACAUUCACUGAAUACAUCAUGCCCGGUUCCGACUCGCUCCAACCUAUCCUCAACUCUGGCGAGAAAUCUGCCGUCAAGGAAUUUGGCGGCUGGACCCAAUUCACUCAGAGCUACGGCAUGAACCCUUGGGACGCUGGUACUUCUCAGGAGGGGAAGGCUAUUGCUUCGGCGAUGGCGUCGUAUGAUGCUCAACAGGGCGGCCAGAACAGUGGUGGGAAGAAGUGAGGUGAGUCCUCUGGGCUGAGCAAGGGCAACAAGAAGAGUGAAUGAUAUCAUGCGUAUAUGGAUUCACAUCUUCCAGCCCCUUCUUCCCGUCAAGAGUUGAAAUGGUACUCGGUCUCGGUUUCGGUGAACAUCAAAGCGUGUAGUCAAGAGUAGAGCAGCAGGAUGUAUACACGGUAUGAAGUACAGAGACGGUGGAUUGUGGAAGGAGCACAGUGACAGGAAAGAUUAGACCUUGGCU